AUGACAGCAAAACGAGAGACACGUAAAUCGAAUCAAAGAACGCUGAGUUUUGAGAGAAGAGGCGAAAAGGCAACUCUGAGUGCGAUUUCCGAUCUGAGUUCUGAUUCGGCUAUUCCGCCGGAUCGAUCUGAUCUUCUGGGUAGUGAUUUGGUGGGCAAGGGGGUUGAGGUUAAUCGUGAGGAGGUUGUGGUUGUUCGAGAGGAGGUUCUAGUAGAUCGGGAGGAAGAUGGGGUAGACAAGAAAGUUCUGGACUUGAAGAGUUGGGUCUCAGCGGCCAAAGAUAAGAAGGUUUUGCAGAAAUACGACAUCGAUGUGUCAGCGAAGGAUGAGAAGCAUACGGUGGAGAUUCCGAACGAGGUUAUCUCUGAUUCAACUUCGCUUUGGGAAGAUUUCAUAGUGGGGAAGUUUUUGGAUCUGGCGCCUCAUGUAGCUAAGGUCCAUAUGGUGCUAAACAAGAUUUGGAGUUAUGGUGAGCUAGAUUCAAAGGUGGAAGUCUAUGAAGUAUAUGCUACAACUAUGCGCUUUAGGGUCUCCAAUCCAAAAGCAAGAGAGAAGGUUCUAAGAAGAGGUAUGUGGAACAUUGCUGGUGUGCCAAUGGUGGUCACGAAAUGGACACCAAAAACGGAGGAAGAAAAGCAGGAUGAAGAGGCGAUUCCCAUGUGGGUUCAUCUCAGGAAAGUCCCUCUUCACAUGUAUUCGUGGAAGGGUCUCAGUUUCAUCACUAGUGAUGUUGGAUUCUCUGCUAGACUUCACCCUGAAAUUGUGGCGUGUUCAAACUUCGAAAAAGCCAAGGUGUUUGUAAAUGUUGAUGUCUCUAAAGCCUUACCAAAGAAAAUCAACUUUACAAAGAAUGGGAAGGAAUUUAUGGUGGAAUUUCACUACCCAUGGCUACCUUCGAGAUGUAACUUGUGUGAAAAAUGGGGGCAUGUGGAGAAAGUAUGUGUGAUGAAGAACAAAGGGAAGAAGCUAAAUGAAAGAAGCAACAUUCGAAUAGAUGGUCCGGCUGAUGUCAAUACAGAAGUUGUGGCAAAUGUCAAUGAGAAAGUAAUGGAGGAAGAGGGCAGUAAAGAAACUAUUGCAGGGAGGGCAGUGUCAGAUACUGUGGUGACUCAGGAGGCUUCAGAAAAAGCUUGGUCGCUAGUAUCUCCAUCUAAAGUGGGUAGAGCUCAGGUACAAUCACCAAGUAAGCCAACUGAUGAAGUCAUGGUAUCUGCUUCAAAGUUUUCCAUUCUAAGUGAUGAAGUAGAGGAAGGGGAAAUUCCGGUAGAAAAGCAGCAAGGAAAUCAAAUGAAUGAAGUUGAAGUUAGUGAGCCAGAGGGGGAUUCUGAUGCGGAUCUGUUGGAAGAUCACAUCCUGGAUCAGCAGAGUAAAGAGAAGGAUAAGUCAGUACAGAAAAAGGGGAAGAAGAGAGGUCGGAAGGCUAUAGCUCAAGAUGCAAAUCUCAUGAGCACAAGUCAAGGGGGUCGAAACUGGCUAGUCUGGAAGGAUACAAUCUGUGUCACUCUGGUUUACAAAUCAGAUCAAAUGAUUACAUGUUCCGUGGGUAUUCAAGGUGAAGAGGAGUUCUUCUGCACCUUCAUUUAUGCAAGUAAUUUGGUGGAAGGUAGGAAGGAGUUAUGGGAGGAUAUUUGUCACCACAAGAAUUCCCCAUUGUUCCAAAAUAAGGCGUGGAUGCUUAUGGGAGACUUCAACGAAAUAUUAGAAGGUGAGGAAAACUCAGGAUUCACUGAUUUGGGAAGGCUUCCUUGUGGAAUGAGAGACUUUCAAAGUCCAUUGUUUACAUGGUGUAAUAAAAGAGAAGAGGGAGUGAUCUGCAAGAAGUUAGAUAGAGUGUUGAUAAAUGAUGUUGGGCUGCAAAUAUUUCCAAGUGCAUUUUCGGAAUUUGAGUCAGGAGGAUGCUCAGAUCAUAUGAGAUGCAAGAUUCAACUGUUGGCACCUAGUGAAAAAAUCCGAAGACCUUUCAAGUAUGUCAACGCCAUAGGAAGUCUCCCUCAGUUUCUUCCUAUGGUAAAGGAGUAUUGGGACACAACAGAAAAUACUUUUCAUUCCACUUCUGCGAUGUUUAGAUUCUCAAAAAAACUGAAAGCCUUGAAGCCUCUUAUCAGGGAGUUGGGUCGUGAGAAGCUAGGCAACCUAUCAAAGAGAGCAAAAGAGGCGCAUGUUAUUCUUUGUGACAAGCAGAAUCAGACCCUAUUAAAUCCGUGUAGUAGUUCCAUUCAAGAGGAGGCUGAUGCGUAUGGAAAAUGGCUACAUGUAGCGGGUUUAGAAGAGGACUUUCUCAAGCAGCGGGCGAAGCUUCAUUGGUUAGAUGUGGGGGAUCAGAACAAUAAGAUGUUCCACAAUUCUAUCAAAAGCAGGCAGGCUCAGAACGCUAUUCGUGAGCUCAGAUGUUCGGAUGGUAACACAGUCUCUACCCACUCAGACAUUAAGAAGGAAUCUGAGAGAUUCUUCUCAGAGUUCUUAAACCAGAUUCCCGAAAGUUACCAGGGUACUUCGGUGGAAGAGUUGCAAAGUCUCUUUGAGUUUAGAUGUUCUGCUGAGGAUUGUAGGUUGCAAGAGUUGGAAGUUACUGAGGAGGAGGUGCGUAAGGUUCUGUUCUCUAUGCCAUCGUACAAAUCACCAGGGCCUGAUGGCUUUCCCUGUGAGUUCUUUAAAGCUACUUGCUCGGUACCUAAGAAGACAGACUCUAUGGAGAUGAAGGAUUACAGGCCCAUUGCCUGUUGCAAUGUCCUUUACAAAGUUGUCUCUAAGAUCCUAGCAAAUAGGCUGAAGGGGCUUCUUCAUAGAGUGAUCACGGAGAAUCAGUCAGCAUUUGUAAAGGGGAGGUUACUGAUGAAAAAUGUGUUGUUGGCUUCAGAGCUUGUCAAAAACUACCACAGAGAGGAAGUCUCUCCGAGGUGUAUGAUGAAGAUCGAUAUAUCAAAGGCCUUUGACUCAGUUCAAUGGUCCUUUGUACUGAAGAGUUUGGAAGCUCUUGGAGUGCCAGAGAAAUUUAUUCACUGGAUCAAACUGUGUAUUACUACUCCAUCAUUCUCAGUACAAGUCAAUGGGGACCUUGCUGGCUACUUUCAAAGUUCAAGAGGUUUGAGGCAGGGAUGCUCUCGCUCGCCAUACUUGUUUGUGUUGUGUAUGAACAUUCUCUCACAUAAAAUUGAUAAAGCAGUGGAGCAGGGUAAGUUCAAGUUCCACCCAAGAGCUAUCACUUACUCAUCUUUGUUUUGCGGACGACCUGAUUGUGUUCGUAGAAGAUGGUCGGAUAGAGGAGUUCUUAUCGACAUUUUGGGUGAUCGUGGAAUCAUUGAUAUGGGGAUUAGGAGAGGUGCAACGGUAGAGGAGGCUGUGAUGAAUGUGCGUAGAAGGCGUAGGCAUCGUGCUGAUAUUCUAAAUGAGAUUGAAGCUGACAUAACAGAGCUAAAGGAAAAUCUUUGUCCCUCUACUGAGGAUAGGAGUUAUCAACUAUGGAUAGAAUUUCAAGUUGGAGUAGAGGGGUUGAUGAAACAUGUGUCUUGUUUAUGGGAAUAUCUUGUGAAAGGGAUUUUGGGUAGUGCUUAUACAAACGACUGGAACGCUGUAGUACUCUUGAUCACAGAUCAGUCCAUGGAAAGAAAGAAACUCUUCUGCAUAAGAUAUGCGUUUCAAGCUGCGGUACAUGCGUUAUGGAGGGAGAGAAACAAGAUCAAGCAUGAUGAUAAGCCAUUGCCACUGCCAGUUCUACAGAAGCUGGUUGAGAAAGGUGUUCGCAAUAAGCUAAGUCUGAUGAGAAUUAAGGGUGGAAAAGGGAUGCAAAGAGUUUUGCAGUAUUGGUUUGGUGCUAGAUUGUAA